AUGAAAUUUUUGUUCAAAUUCCGAGCAGUAUACUCGAGUGCUAAUCUUUUGCCCGUUCAUGUGACGAAUCUAAGAUCUUUUAGUUUUUCAAUCGUCACUAGAAGGAACUCAAAUCUAAAGAACACCGAAGAAGCCUCGACGAAAAAUGGAAAAGAAAAGAAAGAUUUUGCUGAUCUUUUUGAGGAAAUCACCCAAAUUUUAGGAACCCAUAAUUUCAAUGUGGAUACCAAUGGAGGAAUCCGGUUUCCAAUAAUGAAUGCAAGGAACGGAGAGGCGGGGGAUUCCUUGGAUUGCACAGAAGCUGUUUGUGAAAAUGCCAAUAUGAAUCCAGAGUUGGAACUUACAACAACCAAUAUGGCUGAAAAGGAUGUGAGUCCAAUAGUUCAUGAGGUUACCCAAAUUCUAAGGGGUGGAAAGGGUGAGGUGUCGAUUGAGGAACAGUUGGAGGAUAUGUCUGUAGAGUUUGAUUCUGAUGUUGUUAAUAAGGUUUUAAAGAGGUGCUUCAAAGUGCCUGAUUUAGCUUUAAGGUUCUUCAACUGGAUAAAGUAUAAGAAUCAGUCAUCUGUCACAACUGCAACAUACAAUACAAUGAUUUAUAUACUUGGAGAAACGAAACAAUUUGACAUAGUUGAGGAAUUGUUGGAGGAAAUGGAGAAGAACUUGUGUAAGAAGGAUCUUAAGACAUGGACUAUCCUCAUUUCUAAAUAUGGGAAAUCAAAUGCUAUUGGGAAAGUCUUGUUGCUAUUUGAGGAUAUGAAGAAGUCUGGUUUUGAACCCGAUUUGGCAGUUUGUAGAGUAAUGCUGCGUACACUUUGUAAUGGUGUAAAAUCUGACAUUGCCAUGGAGUUCUACAAGGAGAUGGUUUCUAAAGAAAUGGAACCUGAUACAAAUUUGUACAAACUUUUAUUAAACUGUUUAGCUACUUCAGGGUACAUUGAUUCAAUCCACUUGGUCGCUGAAAACAUGAUAAAGAUUUCACAAAUACCUGAACAAUACGUUUACACGUGUAUGCUAAAAAGCUUUUGCAUUUCAGGUAGAAUCAGAGAGGCAUUAGAAGUGAUAAAAGAUAUGAAGAACAAAGACAUCAGAAUCGAGCCUGAACAUUUUGAAAUUUUGGUGAAGGGUAUGUGUCGUGCUGAUAGGAUCUCUGAUGCUUUAGAAAUUGUUGAUAUCUUGAAACGAAAAGAUGUUGUUGACAAAAAGAUUUAUGGAAUUGUUAUCAAUGGGUACUUGAGAAGAAAUGAUGUCUCUAAUGCACUCCAAAUUUUCCAAAGCCUAAAAGAUUGCGGACAAAUAUUACCAGUCUCUACUUAUACAGAACUAAUGCAACACCUCUUUAGAAUAAGUGAGUUUGAAAAAGCAUUUGAUCUUUAUAACAUGAUGCUGGAAACAGGGAUUGAGUUAGACAGUGUGGCAAUAACUGCUGUAGUUUCUGGUUAUGUUCAACAAAACCGAAUUUCUGAAGCAUGGGAAGUGAUCAAGAGUAUGGAGAAGAAAGGAAUGAAGCUCACUAGCAAAUGUUAUACGGUUUUCAUUAAAGAACUUUGUAAGAUUUCCAGGUCUGAUGAAGCUCUUAAUGUUUUCAAUCAUAUGAAAGCUUUGAAGCUGCAUAUAGAAGACAAUAUGUUCAACUGGAUUACAUCUCAUUCAGGUCAAAAAGGAGAAUUGGAGAAGAUACAUCAAGUAAAGCAGAUCCAAAGAGCCAGCAGUAAAAAAGACGAAACUACCCUUGAUUUAAGCUCAAUCCAGAUAGAGCCGCCUCCUAAGUCUUUUACUGACCAUGAUCUUGAUAGGGUCUGUAAGAUUGUAUCUUCUUCAAUGAGUUGGUGCUCAAAGGAAGAAUCUUUACAAAAAUGUGAUCUUUAUAGCAUCACACCAGAACUGGUUAUGGAGGUGCUGAGAAGUUGCAGGCUUCAUGGUGGUGCAGCACUGCAGUUCUUCACAUGGGUGGGAAAGAAAGAUGGUUACAGUCACACUGCAGAAACAUAUAACAUGGCGAUGAAGAUUGCUGGACAAGGGAAAGAUUUUAAGCAAAUGAGAAUGUUGUUUCAUGAAAUGAGAAGGAAAGGAUUGUUGGUUUCAUCAGACACGUGGACGAUCAUGAUCUUGCAAUAUGGUCGCAUAGGUUUGACUGAAAUCGCAUUGAAAAUUUUCAGAGAAAUGAAGGAAACAGGUUGUAGUCCUAAUAGUAGCACAUACAAAUCUUUGAUCAUUUCCCUUUGUGGGAAAAAGGGUAGAAAAGUCAAUGAAGCUAUGGAGAUGUUCAUGGAGAUGAGUGAAGAUGGAUUUGUACCCGAUAAAGAAUUGGUUGAAAUAUAUCUUGGGUGUUUAUGUGAAGUUGGAAACGUGUUGGAAGCCAAAUCAUGUGCUAAAAACUUAUGUCAACUCGGUUUUUCCACUCCAUUGGCUUAUUCGUUGUGUAUCAGGGCUCUUUGUCGAUCAGGUAAGGUAGAAGAGGGUUUGAUAAUGGCGGAUGAGGUCGGAGAAAAGGACAAAAAUACCCUCAACGGGUAUAUAUACGGAAGCGUGAUUCAUGGACUACUAAGGGAAAAACGUUUACAGGAGGCAUUGGAGAAGAUGGAAUCAAUGAAACAAGUGAGUAUCUUUCCGACAGUUCAUGUUUAUACAUCGCUAAUAGUUUAUUUCUUUAGAGAAAAACAAGUUUGUAAAGCUUUAGAGGUGUUUAAGAAGAUGAAAGAAGAAGGGUGUGAACCCACAAUCGUUACUUAUUCAUCGUUAAUUCGUGGGUAUAUGAGCAAUGGGAGGAUGGAUGAUGCGUGGAGUGUUUUUCAAAAGAUGAAAAGUGAAGGUCCGAUGCCUGAUUUCAGGACUUAUUCGAUGUUGAUAUGUUGUUUGUGUAAGGAAGGUAAGUCUGAAGAAGGGAUGCGACUUUUAUCGGAGAUGUUAAAUGUUGGAAUUGCUCCGAGUACAGUUAAUUUUCGCGAUGUGUUUUAUGGAUUAAAUCGAGAGGGAAAACAGAGUCUAGCUCAAAGUGUACUUGGAACAAAAUGGGAUCUUAUAAGCAGGAGAAAAUCUUUGACCUAA